AUGGUCGAUAAGGACGUCGUAGAUAGUACCCGAAAAGGUCCUCAGAGUCUUGGGUUAACGGCGGUUCAUAAUUGUCGUGAUGUCGGUGCUACCAUCAACCAUUAUUAUGGGAAAAAGAUCAUGAAAGAAGGCCUCCUCUUCCGCUCCGGACGUUUAGACCAUGCAACCCCAGGAGAUAUGGAAAUCCUCACUCUCAAAACCCAACUAACCUCCAUCCUCGACCUCCGCACAAAAACUGAACGGGACCGUGUCCCCACCAAGAAUCCUAACCAGAACCCCGUCGCCACUGUUUCCGGCGCCAAAAUCUAUCACAUCCCUUAUUUGAGUGAUCAGUACACAAAAAAGGCGUUAUUGAGUCGACUUCCUUGGUACCGACUCAUCCAGGUCCUCUUCUGUCAUUUCCUAGGCCUCAAAACGACCGUCGUACGGCUUAUAUCUACCCUUGUUAUCGUCCCUCUAGGGUUGAAGGGUAUAGCCUACGAAUGUCUCCGGUGGCUAAAACCAGAGAUCAAAGAGACUUUCACAAUAUUAUCCAAAGAAUCGAGUUAUCCUGCGUUGAUCCACUGCACCCAGGGCAAAGACAGGACAGGACUAGCAACUCUCCUGGUUCUUCUGGCUAUCCUCGGCGAAGGAGACGAAGAAAUCAAAGCUAUUGAUCAUGAUUAUAUGUUAUCAAAUGACGGACUUAAACCGGUCCGCGAAGAAAUGUUAGCAGAGAUGAUACCGUUAGGAUAUUCCGAAGAAUCCGGGUUCGCUGAUGCAGAGGAAGGAUGGGUUGAAACCGUGGUUGGGUACAUCGAAGAUGAAGGCGGGAUCGAGAAAUAUCUUACAAAUGCUCAGAUCACCGCAGAGGAAAUCAGAAGUAUACGAGAAUGUCUACUCGUGAACCCUUCGUGA